AUGAAAGAAAAAAGAGAAAGAAAUAAGGCAAAACAUCCUAUAAGAGCUCCUUGUAAGGCAACAGAUAUAUUAAAUGAGAGAGAAGAAAAGUCAGACAAACAUUUCUCACCACCACCCUCUGGAAACAGUUUUAAUGCACCUCAAACACCAAGCCAAAUAGAGAGUGAAAUAGAAGAAGUUGUAUUCACAGAGAGUACUUUAGAGAUUACUCAGAAAAAUACAAGCUCGGAGAGGACAAAAGAAAGUGAAGAGAAAUCCGAAGAUUUACAUGGGUUUUUAGAAAUAUUUAAGCAAACACAUGUAUCCAUGGAUAAUUUAAUAGAUGAUGGGCUUCGUCUAGCUUUGGGUCUUUACGGGGCACCCAAAGAUGUGCGAACGAGCGAUAAACCGGCGAUUGAGCUUGUUCAAAGCUAUCAAGGAAAAAUGUAUGCUGAAGCCACCAAUUCUAAAAAAGUCGAUCUUGAACGCAUAAUACCGACUGCCAAUCUGUUAACCGAGCAUAUCAAGCGUGUCUAUUUCCAAGUACAGGCUUGGUAUGGUUUACAAGGUCAAGACGAGACCUUAGAUCCAUUGGAGAGGGGGUGGGAAUUAGUGGAUGGAUAG